CCGCUCCCUCUCCGGUUCCAGCCCGCUGUGCCCGGCGUCUGUCGGCCCCGGCCGCUAUGGAGGUGCCCCAGCCGGAGCCGGAGCCGGACUCGGCUCUCAGUCCGGCCAGCGUGCGCGGUGGCGCCCAGCGUCCAGGUCAUCUCCCGGGCCUCCGGCUGCGAUCUCCGGAGCGGGCGGCCACGUCCUCUCCAGUCACCACCCUCACCAAGACCAUGCACAGCCUCACUGGCCUCGGCAGUGAGACCCCAAAGAGUCUGACCAGGAGCCUGACCGUCCGUAGCCGGCUGGUUAUGUCUAGGCGGGCAUCUGAGUCAUCCCUGUCAUCUGAGUCCUCCGAAUCUUCUGAUGCAGGUCUUGGCAUGGAUUCUCCCAGCCCUAUGGACCUCAAGAUGGCAGAGCAAACAUUUGAACAGGCCAUCCAGGCAGCUAGCCGGGUUAUUCGCAAUGAGCAGUUUGCCAUAAGACGCUUUCAGUCCUUGCCGGUGAGGCUGCUGGGUCACAGCCCUGUACUACGGAACAUCACCAACUCCCAAGCCCGGGACAGCUGGAAAAAGAGCAAGGCGGAUGGUGCAGCUGCCAACAACCCAGGAGACGACAAAGAAAAUGAUGGAUUUGUCUUCAAGAUGCCAUGGAAGCCCACACAGGCCAGCCCUGCCCAAGCUUUGGCGGACUGGGCCAGCCGCAGAGAGGCCUUUACCCAGAGACCAAGCUCAGCCCCUGAUUUGAUGUGUCUCACUCCAGAGCAGAAGAUGGUAGAGGAACUAGUCCCUGCUGAAGGGUCUACUGAGGAUGAUGAUGGGUUUGUGGACAUCCUGGAGAAUGACUUAAAGGAUGACACCGCUGUUCCUCCAGGCAUGGAGAGCCUCAUUAGUGCUCCACUGGUCAAAACACUGGAUAAAGAAGAAGAGCAAGACCUCAUCGUGUUCAACAAGUGCCAGCGGCUCUUCCGCUCUCCAUCCAUGCCCUGCAGUGUAAUCCGGCCCAUCCUCAAGAGACUGGAUCGGCCCCAGGACAAGGACACACCUGUCCAGAGCAAGCGGAGGAGGAGUUUGACCCCCCUUGAGGAGCAGCCGCAGCCUGAAGAACCCAAAGCCCGUGUCCUCCGCUCAAAGUCACUGUGUCAUGAUGAGAUUGAGAGCAUCCUAGACAGUGACCACCGUGGACUAAUUGGAGAUUACUCCAAGGCCUUCCUGCUUCAGACUGUGGAUGGGAAACACCAGGACCUCAAGUACAUCUCACCAGAAACUAUGGUGGCACUGUUGAUGGGCAAGUUCAGCAACAUUGUGGAAAAGUUCGUGGUUGUAGACUGCAGAUACCCCUAUGAGUAUGAAGGUGGACACAUCAAGUCAGCUGUGAACUUGCCCCUGGAGCGAGACAUCGAGACCUACCUGCUACAGAGCCCUUUGUCCCUCUGUAACCUAGACAAGAGAAUCAUCCUCAUAUUCCACUGUGAAUUUUCAUCAGAGCGUGGGCCUCGAAUGUGCCGAUUCGUCAGGGAACGGGACCGCGCUGCCAAUGACUACCCCAGCCUGUACUACCCUGAGAUGUACAUCCUCAAAGGCGGCUACAGGGAAUUCUUCCCACAGUACCCGGAGUUCUGUGAGCCCCGUGACUACCGGCCCAUGAACCAUGAGAACUUUAGAGCUGAGAUGAGGUCCUUCCGUCUCAAGACACGGAGCUGGGCUGGGGAGCGGAGCCGACGCGAGCUCUGUAGCAGGCUGCAGGAUCAAUGAGGGGCCAGUGUUGGUCCUGCCACCUUCCUUGCCUUGCGAGGCCUGGGGCCGGUGGUCCCAUGGGCCUGCAGGCCGCCUCAGGUGCUAACUAGGGAAAGAUGGCUGGGUGUGGCCAUCUGCCCUUGUCCUCAACUCUCCUUGUCUCAGUCCAGUCAUUUUCCAUAUCUUGGUGUAUUGUGUGUACUUUGUCACCUGAAGAGCUGAACCUGGUGAACUAGUACCAGCUCAGAAGGAAGUACUUUAUGUUUAGCAGGAGCCUUUGUUUUGCUUUUCUUCUUUUUUCUUUGGGUUAACUGUCUUUUGUGUGUCCAGAAAAGCCCUUUGUCAGCCCUUUCACGGCCUGGGAAGCAGGAGGCUGCCUCUAGUCUCUGCAGGAGUCAUGGUAUGUGUGUCACCUUGCCUUGCCUCAUUCUCCUUUCCUCUCUCCUGUCCCUCUGCACGAGCACCUACAACUUAAACAUAAGCGCUUACUCUUUCCUGUCCUAGUAUUAUCUGCAGGCUUGUUUUUUGAUAUUCUGACUUUUAUAUGUCUCAGGACACAUUUACUGGCUAUAUAGCUCCCCUCUCCCCUUACAACUGGGAUGAGAGUCAAACAUCAGUUACCUACAUGGUCCUGGCUUUUGUUCCCCCAGGAAUGUUCCUAGCUUUGGGGGUCUAGGAGCCCUGUCCCCACUGUUAUGAACCCUGUUCUGGCCUGUCAGAACUUGCUGCUAUUCUGUCACAGGCAGCUAGAUGGAUGGGUGGCCAUGGAUGCACAGUGCCUUGUACACACAAGCACACACUGAGUGUUUUGGUGAGUGUGACAGCCUGUGGCAGGAAUGUGUGUAUGUGUAUCUGUGUGGAAAAAAAUUCUUUACAUUUAGCUUUGGGAAGUAUUGAAGAGUCAAUGUCAUGGAAGCAGCUAAACCAAGGAAUAAGCAACCUCUGGAUUCGAAUGUCAACAUGUGGGAAGGAAGGGCUGUGCGGGAAGGUCCUGAUGAGUCAUCUGUUGGGGCCUUGGUUCAAUAAAGCACUGAGCAAGCUUAAUAACCA